AUGGGGGCCCCGGUCGUCCAACUCGAGAACGAGGGAAGCUGCACCAUCUCAGCGUGCACCGGGUGCACAGAAGCGCAGCAUAGGCUAGCGUACGAGAGGGUUCACGGGUGGGGAUCUUUCCCCUGCAGAGCCAGGGUGCCUCCUACUCACUUAAAAUUGGAGUGCUUGAAAAGAAAAGUUUGGGAUCCAGUGGAUGGAGCAUGGACACCGCAAAUCUUCAAAGUCAUCAUGGACAUUGGGGGCAUACCAACGACAAGAUCCACAAAAGGCGUCCGCCUCAAUAUUCACGGAUACACGGUGUAUGAUGUACCCAGAGCCCUGACUCCCGAGGAAGCAGCCACGCUUCUCUACAUGCGUGGCCCUUUUGUCAGUGUUUUGUGGGCGAAUGCCGAGUAUGAAGACUACGAUGACACCUCCAAUACGGUUUAUCGAGGCUUCAUCCCGAGCGGCGUUACUGGCAGUGGCAGUGCCAGUGGCACGAGCAGCGAGGGCCUGCACGCAGUUAUAUCCUUCGACUAUACCUUCGUCGAGACCGAGCUUUGGAUACAAAUUAUGGACAGCCAUACCGAGGUAGGGCCUUACAGGAUGAUUCUGUAUGAGGCAUUUGUUUACUUUAUCCUUCCCCGGGUGGACAAGGCCAUAGAGCUACCCAAGCAAUAG